AUGAGAUAUUCAUUAUUUGGUUCUGGAUUAAUGUUGUCUGACAAGAAAUUAGAAGAAAGAUAUAGCGAAAUCAAAAACUCUCCUAACUUCUACCAAGAAGCGCCCUUUUUAACUAUUGCUGAGGAUUUACUGAAACUAAUAAAAGAGGAUAGAGUGGAACAGUUAAUCUUUUUAUCUGCUUACGAUAAGAGGAAAUUUCCAAAGGGAGAUGAUAGAAAAUAUGAAAUAUUCCGUGAAACCUUUGCCAAACUUGCUAAAAAUUGGAGAGACAUAUUAAGAAGUUUGGGAGGAGUUGGUAUACCUUUUUCAGAAAUCAAAGUCAUCGCCCCUUAUUAUCCAGCAGUAGAAAAUCAGCAUGACAAGAAUGUUUUAUUAGUUAAAAAUGAAUAUAUGACUGAAAAGAAAGACCAAGAAGUUAGUAAUAGUAAUAACGAAGUUGAUUCUGAAAAAGUCAAAAGAUUUAAAGACGUUAAGGAAUCUGAUGACUGA